CUAGAUACUCUCAUUAACCGUAGAUAUAGCAGGUCUCUCUCAUAGAGCGUAUAUACCGGCUUCAAGGAAAGCGAAGAUCCCAAACUGCUGAACAGCCCACCCAUAAUGGCCUCCCUCCUCACAGGAUGUCCCGAACCCUUCGUCCAGGCCGCCCCGGGCACAUUUCUCAACACCACCACCUGCGUCAACAUCUCGCCAACACUCCGGUGCUGCGUCCCCUGUCCCGUCGCCAACAGCUUCUACCCCACAGGCUACCUCGACCGCCUCAUGGUGCUCUACCAGGUCAUCUUCUUCAUUUCCUUCGUCUGCGGCCUGUUCCUGAUGAUCACGCAUAUCAUCCUCCCCAACCGCCGCCGCUACCAGGGCAUCCUGAUCCUCCUCAACAAUUUUGGGCUGACGCUGUACACCGGGUCGUCGCUGGCAGCGUUCCCGAAUGUGAAACGCAACGUGCAGUGUGCUCCUGAUGGGAUCGCGGCGGCGAAUUGGGAUAAUAACUCCGCGUGCGCGGUCCAGGGUCUCUUAUUCGUGGGGGGUGUGCAUCUGUGUCUGUUUGCGGCGUUUGCGAUCGUCGUCAACUUGCAUUUUAGUGUCGUGUGGCAGUCGAGACAUAUGGAAAGGUUCAGAUACGCGGUGUACGCAUUUGUGAUUGGGGGCCCGGCGACGUUGACGGGGUUGGUUGCGUCGGGGAGACAUAUUGAAGCCCAACCUGGAUUUCUAUGCUCCGUUUCAACCGACAAAGCCAACGAACUAUUCUUCUUCGUGCAAGCGGCGCUUGUCGUCACUAUGCUGGUCCUCCAUAUCAUCACCGCGAUAUGGAUGUACAUCGUCACCAAGCGCGCCCACAGCAGUCAGAGCCAGAAAAUGCUUUCGGAGCAGAUCAAGAUGCAGUGGCGUCCGGCGCUGUUUACCUUUGUUGCUCAGGUUGCUUGGUUUGCUUUCUACCUGGUCUACACAAAAACCUACAACUCCGUCAAAGAACUCCUCGCCUCCGACCCCACCAAAUCCUCCUGGGCCGCCGACUGGUUCACCUGCAUCGUCAAAUUCUCCCUCAUCCCACCCUCAAACGCCUCCUCCACCAACGCCCAAGAUUUUUGCGCCCCGCUCGCCGAACCCCACCUUCCAAACAUGAACCUCGUCGCCUUCGGACUCUGCAUCGGCCUGUUCGUUGGGCUAUGGAACGUCAUCAUCUUGAUAUCCCCGCAGGUUAUAAAGGAAUGGAAGGUCGCGUUGGGGUUAGAGCCAAAGACUGCUAGUGUGUCGUCGGCACCGCUGAGGGGACAUUCGGCCCUGCCUAGUAUGGACGAUCUGCACGUGGAUCCGCAGGCGGACGUGAAACGGCGGCCGUCGGCGCAUUCGACGAAAUUCUCGUACGCCAGUAUGCCCAAAAUGUCUCCGAAACCGGACUACGUGUUCCCCGCGCCCACUUCUCCGCCCGCGGCGCAUGAGCCUGUCAUGCGGGCAUCGUCGAUGGGAAGGGUCUCGCGACGCUCAAUUUCGCGAUCGACUGGGUUGGGAUACCAUCCCAGCACCGAGAUGUUCGAGGAGGAGCAGUACGUGCAUGAACUGCCUUAUCGCAGUCCGCGCCCGCAGAGCCCGCGGACGACGCACCAAUCGCGGUAUGAUAACGCUGACGUGGGGGCGGAUAUGACGCCGAACGGGCCGCCGAUGCACCGGAUGCCGCAGGCGCGGUCGAGCCCGGAGCAGCUUUAUCAACCCACCAAUAGUAUCUACAACAAAUACUACGAGUUCCCACCCCGCGGGUCAGUGCAGCAUGUCACCGAAACCACCUCCGGGCCGAAGGCGGAUUCUUCGUACUUGCAACUCCAUGUGAUUGAUGAUGCCCGAGCCGCAUACCACAGCGCGAUAUCCCACGACAGGUCGGGGCACAUCACCAGUCCCUACCCUCCAAGCCCAAUAGCGCAGGGCGCAAAACGGACGACAUCAGUACCCGUCCGGUUAUCCGCGUCUACAUUUGGCUCGCAGUCCCGCGGCGGCGAGGAAGGGUCAGAUGAGAGCUCCCCAAGCGACCUUGCCUUGAACGAGAGUUGGGCGAGGAAUGGUGGGGUUCUGCCAUCGCCGCCGCCGCAUAGGCCAACAUAUGGAACUCCUGUGCCCGAGAUAUAUGAUACUGCGGCUAUGGAGGUGCGGCAGGGUUUUAGGCCGGCUUUUGAGUAUUCGAGUGGUGGGGGGGAUCAUGGGGACUAUGCCCCGCAGAUGGUGCUGCCGCCGCCAAGAAGGAAGGAGUCGAGAACUGAUCGGUGAUUAGGGGGUGCUUCUAACGGUGUAUAAUUGCGUCGGUGUCUCAUAUGUACUAGAAUCCAUGUUCAGGUUAGAGUAAUAUAGGUAGACGGUGAAUCUAAUUUGAUACGUUUUGGUCGGUGAUUUCAAUCUAUCACGAAGGCACU